AUGAGCCUGAAAGUGGUCAAAGACAAUGAAUGCUCCGUUUCACCGGCACCAAGUUCGCCAGUCGGCUUCAUUACAAGUGCUUUCCAGUCUCAACUCUCAAAGCGGACCCAGAUUCGGUUCCGUCCUCUUCAACAAUUUGCCAUUUCGCCAUUCUCCCAGCUUCCUGCCUUCGAGACUCAGCGACUCUGUCCUUCUGUUCGUCCUGUGUGCCUUAAGUCGCUGCUAAUUUUUGGCUGGUCCCAGGCCAAUUGUGCCCACAGUAGCCGAAAAACCGAUCAUCUCGCUCCACACGAUCGCAUCUGCCAGCUCAACGCUGGAAUCCCUUCUCUCUUGCAUGGCUUUCGGGCAAUCCCUCAACUCCACAAUGUACAGUUCACAUGGCCUGGGCAGGCAGAUGACUCACACAUCAGAUCUGAUUCAGAUAAUCUCACCUUUGCCUCUCUCUCAGGCCCAAUUGAUUCGCUUCUCCCUUCCUCCGCUUAUGCUCUACCUCAUGUUCCCUCAACUUCCAGGCAUUGCCUCCUCCCUGCCAAGCUCAUCUUGGCCGUCUUGUCGAUUGCCCAAACUCUCCUGUUUCUAGGCCAGUUCGCUUGCAUUCUGUAUCAUUUCGCUCUAAAAGGACUGAUCUGUUCAUGA